AUGUCGGCUAUGGAUAUGUGUGAGGUCUCUACUGUGGAGGACCAAGUUGCGCUGUCGAAGGUGGCUCUCACUUUCCAGCCAACUGAUCGUGUUCUCCCGGAAGAGCAAGAUCUCGAGCGUUGCAGGCAGUCACUCAGAGCAUCGCUUCCCCUCAAGGGCCUGGGUUUCGCAGAUACCAAAGAGCACAUACUCAAAGACAUCGUUCCAGGGCUGAACCUGGGGGGCGUCAGCCCAAAUUACUAUGGAUUCGUGACAGGAGGAGUUACCCCAGCUGCUUGGUUUGCAGACAAUGUUGUCUCCGCAUAUGAUCAAAACGUUCAGGUUCACAUUCGUGAGCACUCUGCGGCCACAGAUGUCGAAGAUCGAGCAUUGGGUUUGCUGAUGGAGCUCUUUCACCUGGAGAGGAAGGAUUGGUCGCAUGCCACCGUAACGUCUGGAGCCACGGCGAGCAAUAUCCUUGGGCUGGCCUGCGGCAGAGAAUAUGUCUUCCGUGCAGCUGCUCAAAAGAGCGGCGUGGAUUGUAAAAGUGUGGGAGAAUAUGGGAUUGCAGAAGUCUUGCGUGCGACAAACAUGAAUGGUUUGCAGGUUCUGUCUACCUUGCCACAUUCAUCAAUGGGGAAAGCUGCCGGGAUUCUCGGUAUAGGGCGUUCUAGUGUUAAGAAUGUCUCUUUAGACGGAAAUCCCCUUCAAUUUGACCUAGAUCGCCUCGAGAAGGAAUUAUCUCUACCCGGAGUAGCGAGUAUUGUUACAGUCUCCUGCGGUGAAGUGAAUACCGGUCGCUUUGCGACAGGUGGAAUUGAGGAAUUUAAAUGUAUUCGGGACUUAUGUGACAGGUAUAAUGCCUGGCUGCAUGCUGAUGGAGCAUUUGGAAUAUUUGGCCGCAUGUUUUUCGGUCAAUACCAAUCAACAGAGUUCGAUUCUAUAAGAAGGGGCUGUGAAGGCUUGGAACUCGCAGAUUCAAUCACUGCGGAUGGACAUAAGUUGCUUAAUGUGCCCUAUGAUUGCGGGUUCUUUUUCUCUCGUCAUUCAGAUAUUGCCCAGGAUGUCUUCCGCAACCCGAAUGCUGCAUAUCUCGCCUCUUCCAACGUUGCGACGGACCCGGUAGUUUCUCCGAAUAACAUCGGUAUUGAAAACUCCAGGCGCUUCAGAGCUUUGCCUGUUUACGCUACUCUCUUAGCCUAUGGCCAAGAGGGAUACCGAUCGAUGCUUGAACGGCAGAUCAAGCUUGCUCGCCGGGUUGCAGCAUGGCUAUUUGACCACCCAAAAUACAUCACGUUGCCUAACGGUCUGUCAAGAGAGAAAGUAAUAGAGGAUACCUUCAUAAUUGUUCUUUUCAGUGCGAGGGAUGAUGAUCUCAAUACAAAAUUAAUGGGCAAUAUUAACCGAGCGUCGAAGAUAUAUGUAUCUGGGACGAGUUGGGAAGGGCGGGCAGCAUGCAGGAUCGCGGUUUCAACCUGUAAAGUGGAUGUUGAGAGAGACUUUGCUCGCAUAGUAGAAGUAUUGGAAGAUGUUGCUAACUAA